GAAAAAGACAGGGCCAUCGGUGAAAAAUCACUAAGCUGUCGUAUUAUUUUAGCUUUCAACUUUGAAUCGAGCAUGCUCACGCCAAAAUAGAGAGAGAGAGAGAGAGAGAGAGAGAGAGAGAGCGCGCUGGAUUUGGCUCCUAAAUUUCUUCAGCUCUAGUUUUUGUGAGGAGACAAUGUUGUCGAAAGCAGAUACCAGAAAGAAAAUUGAUGAGAUUUCAAAAACUGGGAGAUUCGCAAAUGACCUUGAAACCAUAAGCAAAGCCUUGUUUGCGGAUAAACAACUGCAUACGCUUCCUAGCUCUGCAGAUUCUUGUAGAUCCGAGGCUGUUGGAGAAUCACAUUUGUCCGAACCUAAAACUAAGGCGGAGAAGGCUAAGGUCAAUAAGCGAGAUUCAGUUGAGAAAGAAAAGAAGCUUUCAAUUUGGAGUUGGAGAGGUCUAAAGGCCUUGACCUCUGGUCGAAAUCGAAGGUUCAGUUGUUGUUUCUCACUCCUAGUCCAUUCUAUUGAGGGUUUACCAAGCCUUUUUGAUGAUGUCUGCCUGGUUGUGCAUUGGAAGAGGCAGGAUGGUGAGCUGAUGACAUCCCCAACUAGGGUUCACGAAGGAGUAGCUAAGUUUGAGGAGCAGCUGAUUCAUUCUUGCUCUGUAAAUGUUACUAGGAGCAGUACCAAGAAUUUGGCGAAGUAUGAGGCAAAAAAUUACUUAUUGUAUGCUUCUGUUUAUAAUGCCCCCGAGCUUGAUUUGGGGAAGCAUCAUAUAGAUUUGACUAGAUUGCUACCUCUAACAUUAGAGGAAUUGGAAGAGGAGAAGAGCUCAGGGAAAUGGACAACUAGUUUCAGGCUAUCAGGUAAAGCAGGAGGUGCAACAAUGAAUGUCAGUUUCGGCUAUAUUGCAGUAGGAAAUAGUAGAGAGCCUUCAAGCAAAAACAAUACUCCUGACAUCCUGAACUUGCGAGAGAAUAGGGCAAUGACAGAAUCUUUUGUGGAUCAGUCUGAUCUUAAGAACGAGCUAAUCAUUCGUAGAGUGGGGAGUCUUCCUGCUACUCUGGUUACCUUAAAGCAGUCUGCAGAAGAUAUAAAGGAUCUUCAUGAAAUCUUGCCAAUGCCAACUUCAGAACUGUAUCAAUCAGUGAAUGUACUUUAUCAGAAACUGGAUGAAGAGAUACCAAAUGCUUCAGUUGAAAAUAAGUUAGACACAGGUCCAUUUCCUUCACACCUUGACUCCUGUAAAGUGAAUUCAUUUAAACCUCCUGAUUCUGAUGAGAAGAAUCCUGAAAGUGAGUGGGAAACUGGUGAGUUAUCUGUCACAGAGAAAGGGAUAGAAGAGUUUCCUAAGGAGCACACGAGACUAGAAGAGGUUCCUUGUAAGGUUGCUCUAGCUUCUGGAGAGGUUACUGAAACUGAUGGCAUUAUGGAGGUAACCCUCAAUAAGGAGGAUAUCCUUCCUCCUACCGCCGAAGACAUGGUUUCCCCAAAGCACGAGCAAUUAAUUAGCACCUGCAGCUCUACAGAGAAAGAGAACAUCAUGCUUUCCAAAGAAUCACUAAUGAAAGAACUGGCGAUGGCGCUAAGUUACGCCUCAGAUUUAACGAAUGAGGAACUAGAUUUGCAAGAGGAUGAAAGUGAAGCCCCAUUCCAAGACGGUUUCUCGAAUUGUAAUUUUCAGCUCGCAGUGAAGGAUAAAUCACCUAACUUGGAUGAUAUUACUGACUCAGUGGCCAACGAUUUCUUAAAAAUGCUGAGUGUAGAGUCCGGUUCAUUUUGUUUAAGCUCUACAAGUGAGCCUGACUCUCCAAGAGAACGCCUUCUAAAGGAAUUUGAGAGAGAUGCUCUUGCCAAUGGAGGUAUACUCAACUUUGAUAUUGAGAAUGAUCCAACAGAAAGUGUCAGCGAUAUUCCAACAGGGUCUGUCUGGGAAGCUAUGUCUAAUGACUUCUAUCAAUCAUCAAUAUUGGAAGGUUUUCGGGAGACAUCUCAGAAGGAGUCAGAUGCAUUCAGUAGAACGGCCUCAAGGUUAGAGGAUUUGGAAACUGAAGCUUUGAAGCGUGACUGGGGCAUUAAUGAGAAGGCAUUUCAACAUUCUCCACCUAGUAAAUCCGAUGGGUUUCGCAAUCCCGCUGACAUACCUCCUGAGAAUCUUGAUCAGCAGCUUGCUUCUCUUUCAGAAGACUUGGGUCCCUUUCUGCAAACUAAAAAUGGAGGGUUUUUGCGAUCUAUGAAUCCUGCACUUUUCAGGAAUGCAAAAGGCGGAGGGAGCUUAAUUAUGCAGGCAUCUAGUCCAGUGGUCAUCCCUGCAGAAAUGGGGUCUGGCGUAAUGGGCAUACUUCAGGGUCUGGCUGCUGUGGGAAUUGAGACGCUAUCCAUGCAAGCAAACAAAUUGAUGCCUUUGGAAGACAUAACUGGGAAGACUAUUCAACAAAUGGCAUGGGAAGCUGCACCGAGUUUGGAGAGGCAAGGUUUAUCUCAGGAUGAAUUUGAAACCAUUCAAAAUUUAUGUAACGGGGGAAAGAGUGGUAAAGCGAUAUACUGUGGCCAAGGUUUAGGAAAGUGUGGUUCAACAUUGCUGAGUGCUGAUACAGAGUACGUGUCUUUAGAAGAUCUUGCUCCGUCGGCAAUGGAUAAGAUUGAAGCUCUUUCAAUUGAGGGCUUGAGAGUACAAUCUGGUAUGACAGAUGAGGAUGCACCUUCAAAUAUUAGCACACAAUCUAUUGGCGAACUUUCAGCCCUGAAGGGCAAGAGCGUUGAUGUUGGUGGAACCAUAGGUCUCGAUGGGACUGGUGGAUUGCAAUUGCUGGAUAUCAAAGACAAAUGUGACAAUGUUGACGGAUUGAUGGGUCUUUCUCUGACACUUGAUGAAUGGGUGAAACUUGAUUCUGGUGAAAUUGAUGAUGAUGAUCUUGUCAGCGAGCGAACCUCUAGAUUACUAGCAGCUCAUCAUGCUACUUCAUUGGAUUUGUUUCGUGGAAAAUCAAAGGGGGAGAAGAGACGAGGCAGAGGUAGGAAGUAUGGUUUGUUGGGCAAUAGUUUCACUGUUGCACUGAUGGUACAGCUGCAUGAUUGUUUGCGGAACUAUGAGCCUGUGGGCAAUCCAAUGCUUGCUCUUAUACAAGUGGAGAGAGUGUUUGUCCCACCAAGGCCUAAAUUCUAUAGAACAGUUCCUCUAGCAAGGAACUCUAGUGAAGAGGAAAAGGAGCCCACGGCUGCUACAAAUGAGAACGUUAUUGAAGCGCGAAUAGAAGACAUAAAACAUGAAGAAGAGCUUAUUCCUCAAUAUAAAAUCAAGGAGGUUCAUGUUGCGGGUUUGAAAGUGGAACCGGGUAAAAAGAAGUUAUGGGGUUCCACAAAUCAACAACAGUCUGGGUCCCGUUGGUUGCUUGGAAACGGAAUGGGGAAGAAGAACAAGCAUCCACUAAUGAAGUCAAAGGCUGCCGUAAAGAAUUCUGGUCCUGCUUCUUCCCCAUCGACCACAACAGUCCAGCCUGGAGAUUCACUGUGGAGCAUCUCUUCUCGUGUUCAUGGAACAGGAGCAAAGUGGAAGGACCUUGCUGCACUCAAUCCACACAUUCGUAAUCCUAAUGUUAUACUUCCUAACGAAACUAUCAGAUUACGCUAGUAUUCACAUCUUUAGAUAGAUUUAACUCAAUUGUGUCGUACAGGUGUUACUUACAUGGAAAAAUUGGGUAGACUGAGUUAGUUUAUCCAAGUUUGCACUUAAUUUGACUUGUUUUUUGUAAAGGCAGAUGCAAAACUCAUAUUGUAGCAGUGUAACAAUUGUCCUGUCAAUACAUGACUUAAGUUCCUGA